ACAAAAACCCCAAACCAGCAUUUUUCUUACUGUCAAACCCUUUAACAAAGAAAACACUGCAGACCAAGACACCACACAGGACAGGGGCUGGAAGGAUUUGUCCCACGAUCCAUCACGGAGAUAAAAACGUUCAUUUCUUACCCAGCCCUCCACUCACAGCCCAGCAGCUUUCAUCAGCCCCAGCCCAUGUGUGUUUGUAGCUGGGUUCCAUCCCAGCCGCUCUCAGGAGAUACCAACCAGCACAACGAAACCUGAUUAACAUCACAGCCUUGGAGUGCAUUGAGUUCCUCACUCACUCAGUACAAGAACCUCUGUGUGCUCAUCUUCUCAGCUUGGAGGACCAGUGUUUGCCAAGACCAAGCUGUACAGUUUCCUCUACGCCUGCACUGAUUUGGGUUUCAUGCAGACUGGAAAUAUGGCUGAUGCACAACACGUGUGUCUGAAACCAGCACAACACCACAGAAUUAGUGGUAAACCACCAGAAAGAACCACUCCAACACAGAUAUUUGCGUAGCCAGCAGUCCACAUUAACAUGAUGAACAACCUGACUUCUCAAUCAAAAUUAACACUGCGUAACACUCAUCCACACAAACUACCUUGUGUGUGAUAAUGCAGGAUGUACUGUUUGAUAACGUUAUCUAUCAGUGGACCACACACUCCAUCCCAUGCCCAAACACCCUACAGAACAUUUAUGUUCUGCCACUCUGAGGUUUGGAGCCCAACAGCAGUAGAUGGCAGGUGUCGAAUCAAAGUGCUUUUCGGCUGUUCUGCAUCACCAACAGCCUUUAAAACUUGACAGUUUGUAACGCAGUGAACAAACCCUACCAGAUGUGCGCUUUACCCGCAGAACCGAGACCACGUGGUGAAACAACCCAACGCCUCCACGUGCGGACAGCAGCCUGCGAACUUCGCCGCCCUCAGCACGGCGCUGCUCUGCCCCACCUCACGGGACGCGGAUUUUUUGUGCUGCCCUCCGUGCGGAUCAGCAUUGCGACAGACACAGCGUGCACCAACAGAAGGUGCCUGCACAGCUGAUGGAGACGCUUACCAGAAAACAAGCUCAAAUCAAAGGAAAGCGCACAGCUGAGCUGAGGAGAGCGGCACGGAGAUGCGACCACAAACAGAGCGGUUAAAGAAACCCUAAGAUGAGCAGAGAAGGGAGAGAAGCAGCCGAGCGGGCACGGACACGAGACCAGAGCCCCUCUGCUGUUGGCGCUCCAUGCCACGUUCCUGAGAAAAAUCACUCCUGCACAGCUAGCGGUUAAACACCCAUAAAUGAGCUCGGAACGACAAACCGCCAUCAGAACGGGAGCACGGACCGACGGACCGCCCCGCACACGCAGCAGCUCCAGCCCACGUGGCGGCACCGCCACGCCCCCAAGAUGGCGCCCUCCUCCCGCGCCACGCCCACAAGGCUCCCAAAGCGCCUGCGCGGUGCCACAUCCUCUCAACCAAUGGCGGAGCGACCGCGAUCCGGGCAGCCAAUCGGCGCGGGGCGAGGGCGGGACUACGACAUGGCGGCCGGGCGGGACGUGAGCGGCGGGCUGGAGCCCGUGGCCGUGACGCUGUGGCCGCCCGGGGAAAGUCCGGCGCCGUUCCAGUACAGCCCGGACUGCGUGCCUGGGGCGGACGGCGCCAUCGACCCCACCGAGGUGACCUUCCAGGGCUGCCCGUGCCGCGCCCGCUCCUGCAGCGCCCGCUCCUGCCCGUGCGUGUGGCUCGGACGGCGCGGCCGCGUCCUGCGUUGCGCCGCGCCGCUCUUGGAGUGCAACGCCAUGUGCCGCUGCGGGGACGGCUGUCGGAACAGGGUCGUGCAGAGGGGCCUGCGGGUCCGGCUCCAGGUGUUCAAGACGGCUAAGAAAGGCUGGGGCGUCCGCGCUCUGGAGCCUAUAGCCGAGGGGAGCUUUGUCUGCGAGUACGCCGGGGAAGUUUUGGGCUUCGCUGAGGCACGCAGGAGGAGCCGCGCCCAGACGGCCCGGGAUCCCAACUACAUCAUAGCCGUGCGGGAGCACCUCCACGACGGGCGGCUGAUGGAGACCUUCGUUGACCCCACGUACGUCGGGAACGUGGGCCGGUUCCUCAAUCACUCCUGUGAACCCAACUUAGUGAUGGUGCCCGUCCGAGUUGACUCCAUGGUGCCCAGGCUGGCGCUUUUCGCUGCCGCCGAUAUUUCUGCUGGAGAGGAGCUUUGCUACGAUUAUUCUGGGAGGUUCCGUAACUUACCGCCAACUGAGGGGGAACAAAAAGCUGCAGAAGAAGGCAACGUGCUGAGGAAGCCGUGCUUCUGUGGGUCCCAAACCUGUGCUGCCUUCCUGCCCUGGGACGGCUCCCUGUUCCCCGCUGCAGACACACAAUUGCAGAGCUCCCAGUGGCUCCCUGGCCAUACAUAACGAUGCCCUUUUCUCCAGCAGUUAAAGUGCACGUAGAUCAAACUCUGCAGACAGCAAAGAAGCAUGCGAGGCUUCGAGUUACAGCUGAAAACAUGAGAUUUUGAGACCACCUUUGUGCAGCAUCCCAGAGGCUGUUUGCAAGGCGGUUGAUAAGAAGGAGCACCAGAGCUUCAGGGUGUUCCAGUCUCAAUUGCUGAUCCAGGAUUGGUGCUUUCUUCUUGUUUUCAGCUGACAGCUUACCCUGUGUUAAUAAAUUAUGUCUUUAAUUUGUACUAAAGCUUUCAGAAAGAAUGAGCACUAACGCAGGUAUGGAGAAGGGAGUUGUGGUAACAGCAGCAGACAGCUCUGGGAAUCACACAGAGGAGUGAGAGAGACAAAGGAAUGCUGGAAUUUGCAAUAAGAGGCAUUAGGUGUCUUAAAUCUUGUUGUAAGAAAUAAAUCUUUAAAACGAGUUGCUACAAUUCUCUUGUUCCACCAACCACAAUUCCUACAGAUGUUAAAAACCUGCCCCAAAUGACUAACUUAAAUGCUUCCCACCUGCUUUUCCUCUUCCAGUCACAUGAAACAGCUUGACAAAAUUCCUCAUUAAGGGACUGGUUCCAUUUUGUUAUUGUUUAGCUUCUGUGCAGAGUGCACAGAAGGCUCAUGGAUGUGGUUUAGAUAGAUGGGAUGAUUGCACUUCUUUCUCGAGGCUCAUCUGCUGUGAUUUCUGCAAUAAUAGCAAGCAUUGCUUCUGCGUUACUUCCUAGCACUGUAAUUUUGUGCUUAAAAAGUAAAUUCAGAGCACAGUCCAAAGCAGCAUGGCACUGCUGUUCUGGCUUCUGAGAUGGAUUAAAGUUGGAAAGUGAAGCACAUCUGAAAACAACAGACUGAGAAGUUAGAAGCUUUUGUUUUGUUUUCUCUGUUUCUACGGGAGGCAAACAGAACAAGGCAGCGCCUACCUCCUGCAGCAACGAAAUAAUUAUUGCAUCUUCUUUUUGUUAUCCUUGUACAGAGAUGCACACACGUGCUGCUGUGCACGGCCUCCCUGCGGCGCUGCAGGAGAGCAGCUGGGCAGCGUUCUGUAGCUGCACUUCUGUCACUGCAGAGGGCUCCCACAGGAACGCAGCUGCUGUGAAAGGUACCAUUCCCACACAGCGUGGGCAGCAGCUUGAUUUCCUCUGGGCUGAUUCUACAGAAGUGUGUGGUUCUGUGACUCAAUGCACGCUUCACUAGGAACCAGAACACAGCUUAGACUGCAAGAUUUCUCGUCAUGUUUAGGGGCUUAUCUACUUUUCUUCUCCCCAAGGGCAUCGUGGCAGCCACCCAGACAGGAGAUGUGGGAGUAGAUGAUCCAAUCUGCUUCCUCUUUUCCUCCUGGAAAAAGUUUCAAGAUAGGGUUUGUCUCCUAUAUUCCUGUUCCUGAAGAUUAGAUGGGUUUUCAAGAUGACAGCACUGUGUGUUAGCUUCCUGUUAUGAAUAUAUACUUGGCUUGAUGUUGAGUAGUUAAGGAAGUGUAAAUUCAAAACCCAGAACAGAGAAGCACAUUAACAAUACCUGCUCCUUGCACCAGCAGCCUUAAAUCAGAGCUCACUGCCGUCUGCCCCUGCAGUCCUACCCGCCCAGCCCCCACCCAUGCUGCUGUUUCUAACAAGUGAGCUGAGCACAUUACUUAGCCAAAACAAACUUCCACCCACAGAGCAACAAGGAACUGCUGGGCUGUUAGAAACAACCACACUAAAGGCCCAGCAAGAACGUGAAAUAAUUUGCUGCUGUUAAACCAUAAGGCAUCAUAGCACACCUUUUUGUAAACAGCAGGGCUAUUAGCAUUGGACUAAAGGCUGUGGACUGAAAUCCUAAACAUGCCCUAGCAAGGAACUGAAAAAAAAAUUGAUAUGAAGUUGUUUUUAAACAGCAAAGUGAACUUUCCACUAUGCAGAACUGUAUACAGUUUUGGUUUUGUUUGUUUUACUCCAAGGCAUUUUUCCAGAAUAAAAACCAAAAGCAACUCCGCAGAA